AUGGCAGCAAAAGUUCCAGAUGGCACAGGAGUCGUUGAUUUGGAUCCGUGGCUCGAGCCGUUCAAGGACGCUCUGAGAAGUAGAUACAAGCGGGCAACCGACUGGAUCCGGAAGAUUGAUGAGACAGAGGGCGGGCUGGACAAGUUCAGCAAGGGCUACGAGAAGUUUGGUUUCAAUGUUGCGAGUAACGGCGACAUCACCUACAGAGAGUGGGCUCCAAACGCGACCACGGCCCAUCUCAUUGGUGAUUUCAAUAGAUGGGAUCCAACUGCUACGCCAUUGAAGAAGAAUGACUUCGGAGUGUGGGAAGGCAUCCUCCCUGCAAAGAACGGAGAGCUUGCCAUACCGCACAACAGCAAGGUCAAAAUUACCAUGACCACACCAUCGGGGGAGCGAAUUGACAGGAUACCAGCUUGGACCAAAAGAGUAACUCAGGAUCUCAGUGUCUCUCCAGUAUAUGACAACGUAUUCUGGCAUCCACCCAAGGAGGAGCAGUACCAGUUCAAACACACGGCCCCACCAAAGCCAAGGUCACUUCGUAUCUACGAGGCACAUGUGGGAAUAUCAUCACCCAAGACAGAGGUUGCAACAUAUAAGAAUUUCACUAAGGUCAUGCUUCCUCGUAUCAAAUACCUAGGAUACAAUGCUAUCCAGCUUAUGGCGAUUAUGGAGCAUGCAUACUAUGCAAGCUUCGGGUACCAGGUCAACAACUUCUUUGCAGCGAGUAGUCGCUAUGGCAUUCCAGAAGACCUGAAGGAGUUGAUAGACACGGCUCACAGCAUGGGUAUCGUGGUUCUGCUUGACGUGGUGCACAGCCAUGCAUCCAAGAACGUGCUGGAUGGUCUUAACAUGUUUGAUGGAACGGACCAUCUCUAUUUCCAUUCGGGUGGGAAGGGUAACCAUGACCUAUGGGAUAGUCGUCUCUUCAACUAUGGAAACCAUGAGGUGCUCAGAUUCCUUCUCAGUAACCUGAGAUUCUGGAUGGAAGAAUAUCGUUUUGACGGCUUCCGUUUCGAUGGAGUCACAAGCAUGCUGUACAUUCAUCAUGGAAUCGGAACGUAA